AGGCCCUCUUAUGUAAGAGCACAUUGUGCCCGUCACGGAGUCGCAUUAGAGUGACGCCGUCGCCUGCAGGUGCUCGUUCUUGUAGGCUAAGCUUCGGUUCUUCAAGUGGUAACCCGCGUCCCUUCUCUUCCCAGAUCGCAUCCUCGGUGACCUAGGUUUUCUCCUUCUCCGCGACAAUAUCACACGAGAAGAUGGAAGAGAAUUUGGAGGCCAAGGUAGAUGCUCUAUUGAAUGUGGAGAAGCAGAUGAGGCUGGCCGGUGAUGUUGCCGGGACAAAGAAGGCAGUUAUCGAGAUCGUAGAGCUGUGCUACAAGGCUCGAGCAUGGAAGACUCUCAAUGAUCAAAUUGUACUCAUCGCAAAGAGGAGGGGACAGCUUAAGCAGGCUGUAACUGCUAUGGUACAACAAGCAAUGCAAUAUAUUGAUGAUACACCUGAUAUUGAUACGCGCGUGGAGUUGAUCAAGGCAUUGAAUAAUGUCUCAGCUGGAAAGAUAUAUGUUGAGAUAGAGAGGGCACGUUUGAUAAAGAAACUUGCAAAGAUAAAAGAGGAACAAGGCCUCAUUGCUGAAGCUGCAGAGUUGAUGCAAGAAAUAGCAGUGGAAACUUUUGGAGCAAUGGCGAAAACUGAAAAAAUAGCAUUCAUACUUGAGCAAGUGCGAUUAUGCCUAGAUCGUGAGGAUUAUGUGCGCGCACAGAUUUUAUCAAGGAAAAUUAGUCCUCGAGUUUUUGAUGUAGAUCCUUCCAAAGAAAAGAAAAAGCCCAAGGAAGGAGAUAAUAUGGUUCAAGAGGCUCCUGGUGAUAUACCCUCGCUCCAAGAGUUGAAACGCAUUUAUUAUGAGCUAAUGAUUCGAUACCAUUCACACAGCAAUGAUUAUCUGGAAAUUUCUCGUUGUUAUAAGGCAAUAUAUGGAAUUGGAUCGGUUCAGGAGAAUCAAUCGCAAUGGAUACCAGUGCUAAGAAAAAUUUGCUGGUAUCUUGUAUUAUCACCACAUGAUCCAAUGCAAUCUAGCCUUCUCAAUGCUACUUUAGAUGAUAAAAAUCUUUCAGAGAUUCCUCAUUUCCGUUUGUUAUUAAAGCAACUUGUGACAAUGGAAGUGAUCCAGUGGACGAGCCUUUGGAAUAUGUAUAAAGAUGAGUUUGAGAGUGAAAAUAACUUGCUCGGGGGACCUUUGGUCCCAAAGGCGGCGGAGGAUUUAAAAUUGAGAAUUAUUGAACAUAAUAUCUUAGUUGUGUCAAAGUAUUAUUCAAGGAUCACCUUGAAAAGGCUUUCUGAUCUGCUGUGCCUCAGUUUACAGGAAGCCGAGAAGCAUCUAUCUGAAAUGGUGGUAGCAAGCUCGCUUAUAGCCAAGAUAGACAGGCCAAUGGGAAUUGUAUCUUUUCAGACAGCCAAAGACAGCAAUGAAGUUCUAAAUUCAUGGGCUUUGAACCUGGAGAAAUUACUCGACCUUGUGGAGAAGAGCUGCCACCAAAUCCAUAAAGAAACCAUGGUUCACAAAGCUGUUCUCAAGGCUUGACACCCUGAAUUUUAAUUUCAAGCUUUCCAUAACUUAAAAAAGAAAUAUUCUAUAUUUUUAUAGUUGGCCGUAUCCCUCAGAUUUUCUUUCUUUUUGGUAUUUAAGCACGGCUUGAUUUUUGGUGGUUUAUUUUUAAUUCUGUUCAUGCAAAUUUACUUCAUGCUGUUAAGGAUGCCUUUCACUACAAACACCCUUCUUCUAAUUAUUGUAUUUGUUACAAUUAUUUAAGAUAAGGCCUUAUGAAUUCUAACCUGUAGCA